UCUGAGAGUCAGAGUUAUGGGGUAUCUGAAGCUUGAUCCCCAGCCACACAGGUCGGGUUAAAUGGCUCUGGCUCAGUGGCAACGCCUGUGCAGUAACCGUUACUGCUUGAUGACCCCCAAACCAGGUCCUGCAAAGCUACCCCCUACUCUCUCAACAGUCUUAGGCCCGCCUGCACCCAGGUGAAAUAAACAGCCUUGUUGCUCACACAAAGCGUGUUGGUGGACUCUCUUCAUAUGGACGUGCGUGACAUUUGGUGCCAAAACCUGGGACAGGAGGACUCCUUCGGGAGACCAGUCCCCUGUCCUCACCCUCUGUGAGGAGAUCCACCUAUGACCUCAGGUCCUCAGACCAACUAACCCAAGGAACAUCUCACCAAAUUCAAAUCAGGACCCCACUGGAAAUCGGACUGUCCAACUUGCCUGGCAGCCACUCCUAGAGUCCCUGGAACUCUGGCCCAAGGCUGUCUGACUGACUUCUUUCCAGAUCUUCUCGGCUUAGCGGCUGAAGACUGACGCUGUCCGAUCGCCUCAAAAACCUCCUGGACCAUCCCAGAUGCUUUGGGUAACUCUUACAGUGGAGGGCGCAGUGCAGGACUGCUCCGAGCACGCCUACGCGCGCAUUUUCUCCCCUUCCUCUCCCUCUUUCCACUUUCUUCUCCCUUUUUCUCCUCUCCUUUCCCCCUCCCACCACUCGGUCUUUCAGUCUUUCAGUCAGUUCGUUUAGGUCUCUCCUUCCGACCCCCACCCCCAGCUCCUCUCCCUUUCCUUGUCCCCCUCCCCCUUUCCUUUCCCGUCUCACGCGCCACGCCGCUUGCACAUGCGCAUUAGGUACAAAGCCUCGCUCUUUGUCCCCAUCUGUCGUUCACACGAACUCAAGCCUUUGGCAUUCGGCAGCCAAUAGAAUCUAAGAAAUGGCGGAAAAAUGAUUCCGCCUCGGGAGCUAAACCUUGAUUGGCAGUUUAGCUAACCAAUCGAGAACGCCAUUUUCUACCCCUUGGGAGGCACCGAGCUCCGUCGUCUCGUUUCCGGCGGUCGCGCGCUCUUUUCUCGGGACGGGAGAGGCCGUGUAGCGUCGCCGUUACUCCGAGGAGAUACCAGUCGGUAGAGGAGAAAUCGAGGUUAGAGGGAACUGGGAGGCACUUUGCUGUCUGCAAUCGAAGUUGAGGGUGCAAAAAUGCAGAGUAAUAAAACUUUUAACUUGGAGAAGCAAAACCAUACUCCAAGAAAGCAUCAUCAACAUCACCACCAGCAGCAGCACCACCAGCAGCAACAGCAGCAGCCGCCACCACCGCCAAUACCUGCAAAUGGGCAACAGGCCAGCAGCCAAAAUGAAGGCUUGACUAUUGACCUGAAGAAUUUUAGAAAACCAGGAGAGAAGACCUUCACCCAACGAAGCCGUCUUUUUGUGGGAAAUCUUCCUCCCGACAUCACUGAGGAAGAAAUGAGGAAACUAUUUGAGAAAUAUGGAAAGGCAGGCGAAGUCUUCAUUCAUAAGGAUAAAGGAUUUGGCUUUAUCCGCUUGGAAACCCGAACCCUAGCGGAGAUUGCCAAAGUGGAGCUGGACAAUAUGCCACUCCGUGGAAAGCAGCUGCGUGUGCGCUUUGCCUGCCAUAGUGCAUCCCUUACAGUUCGAAACCUUCCUCAGUAUGUGUCCAACGAACUGCUGGAAGAAGCCUUUUCUGUGUUUGGCCAGGUAGAGAGGGCUGUAGUCAUUGUGGAUGAUCGAGGAAGGCCCUCAGGAAAAGGCAUUGUUGAGUUCUCAGGGAAGCCAGCUGCUCGGAAAGCUCUGGACAGAUGCAGUGAAGGCUCCUUCCUGCUAACUACAUUUCCUCGUCCUGUGACUGUGGAGCCCAUGGACCAGUUAGAUGAUGAAGAGGGACUUCCAGAGAAGCUGGUUAUAAAAAACCAGCAAUUUCACAAGGAACGAGAGCAGCCACCCAGAUUUGCACAGCCUGGCUCCUUUGAGUAUGAAUAUGCCAUGCGCUGGAAGGCACUCAUUGAGAUGGAGAAGCAGCAGCAGGACCAAGUGGACCGCAACAUCAAGGAGGCUCGUGAGAAGCUGGAGAUGGAGAUGGAAGCUGCACGCCAUGAGCACCAGGUCAUGCUAAUGAGACAGGAUUUGAUGAGGCGCCAAGAAGAACUUCGGAGGAUGGAAGAGCUGCACAACCAAGAGGUGCAAAAACGAAAGCAACUGGAGCUCAGGCAGGAGGAAGAGCGCAGGCGCCGUGAAGAAGAGAUGCGGCGGCAGCAAGAAGAAAUGAUGCGGCGACAGCAGGAAGGAUUCAAGGGAACCUUCCCUGAUGCGAGAGAGCAGGAGAUUCGGAUGGGUCAGAUGGCUAUGGGAGGUGCUAUGGGCAUAAACAACAGAGGUGCCAUGCCCCCUGCUCCUGUGCCAGCUGGUACCCCAGCUCCUCCAGGACCUGCCACUAUGAUGCCGGAUGGAACUUUGGGAUUGACCCCACCAACAACUGAACGCUUUGGUCAGGCUGCUACAAUGGAAGGAAUUGGGGCAAUUGGUGGAACUCCUCCUGCAUUCAACCGUGCAGCUCCUGGAGCUGAAUUUGCCCCAAACAAACGUCGCCGAUACUAAUAAGUUGCAGUGUCUAGUUUCUCAAAACCCUUAAAAGAAGGACCCUUUUUGGACUAGCCAGAAUUCUACCCUGGAAAAGUGUUAGGGAUUCCUUCCAAUAGUUAGAUCUACCCUGCCUGUACUACUCUAGGGAGUAUGCUGGAGGCAGAGGGCAAGGGAGGGGUGGUAUUAAACAAGUCAAUUCUGUGUGGUAUAUUGUUUAAUCAGUUCUGUGUGGUGCAUUCCUGAAGUCUCUAAUGUGAUUGUUGAGGGCCUGGGGAAACCAUGGCAAAGUGGAUCCAGUUAGAGCCCAUUAAUCUUGAUCAUUCCGGUUUUUGUUUUUUUUUUUUUUUGUCCAUCUUGUUUCAUUUGCUUGCCCCGCCCCCGAGACGGAGUCUUACUCUGUCGCCCAGGCUGGAGUGUAGUGGCACGAUCUCGGCUCACUGCAAUCUCUGCCUCCCGGGUUCAAGCUUGUCCAGGCUGAUCUUGAACUCCUGACCUCGUGAUCUACCCGCCUCGGCCUCCCAAAAUGCUGGGAUUACAGGGGUGAGCCACCGUGCCCAACCUCACUUGCUUUUUUAUCCUUACACUCCCCUAGCCCCAGAGAAACUGCCACAUACACCACAAAAACCAAACAUCCCCCAAUGACCUUAGCCCCAUUGCUCCAUUCACUCCCAGGUGAGAAUUCAGGCAAACGUCCACAAAGGUCACAGGCAGCGUACAUACGGUUCUGUUAUACCCCAUAUAUUACCCCUUCAUGUCCUAAAGAAGACAUUUUCUCUUAGAGAUUUUCAUUUUAGUAUAUCUUUAAAAAAAAAUCUUGUGUUAACUUGCCUCCAUCUUUUUCUUGGGUGAGGACACCCAGGAAUGACCCUUUUGUGUCUAUGAUGUUGCUGUUCACAGCUUUUCUUGAUAGGCCUAGUACAAUCUUGGGAACAGGGUUACUGUAUACUGAAGGUCUGACAGUAGCUCUUAGACUCGCCUAUCUUAGGUAGUCAUGCUGUGCAUUUUUUUUUCAUUGGUGUACUGUGUUUGAUUUGUCUCAUAUAUUUGGAGAUUUUCUGAAAAAUGGAGCAGUAAUGCAGCAUCAACCUAUUAAAAUACAUUUUAAGCCUUUUAA